AUGGAUGUCCAGCUGCUUGUCUACGACCUCUCAAGAGGUCUAGCCAGACAAAUGUCACAAGGCCUUCUGGGCUUUCAACUUGAUGCUAUAUACCAUACCUCUAUCGAAUUGCAGGGCCGUGAAUAUGUAUACGAUGGAGGUAUCAUCGCCAUCACACCAGGCACAUCUCACCUGGGCCAGCCCAUGGAACGGCUUCAUCUAGGCAAGACAAACCUCACCAUGGAUAUUGUCGAGGACUACUUAGAGUCCAUACGCCCAAUAUUCACUCUAGAGGCAUAUGACCUGUUUCAUCACAAUUGCAAUAACUUCACGGACUCAUUCUCAAACUUCUUGCUUGGAAAGGGAAUCCCCAGUCAUAUAUCAAGCAUGCCACAGGCCGUUUUAGAUUCUCCCAUGGGUCGCAUGUUAUUGCCUCAACUCACACAGGGUGUCAAUGGGAGCCGACAGAAUGGUUCUAUUCUCGGUCUUGAACAAAGCGCUCGACCUGUGACAUCUCGAUCCGGAACUAUCGGUGCAUCCACCUCAACCAGAGGAGUCAAAAAUAUCACCAGCGUAAUAGAACUCGCGCGCCUUCUAGACGAGGCAAAGGAUUCAUGUGCCGCCAUAUUUUUUACCUCGGCCACCUGCCCUCCAUGCAAGACCGUCUACCCUCUUUAUGACCAACUUGCUGAGGAGUUUCAUGGCAAAAUGACACUAAUCAAGAUUGAUAUCAGUCUGCCUGGGGCGCAAGAGGCGGCGAGCCAAUAUUCUAUUUCAGCCACACCAACAUUCAUCACAUUUCUCAAGGGACAGCAAGUGGAAAAGUGGUUGGGGGCCGACUAUGGCAGUCUGAACGGAAAUCUUCGACUACUGGUCGAAAUGGCCUUCCCUUCCCAUCCACACAUGAAUUUAAGGCUGCCCAGCUUCAACUCAAUCAACCGCAAACCAGUUCUCUACGGCAAAGUGCCUCCCAUGGACAAGCUAUUAGCAAAGCUGGGUGAGGAACUCGCGCAAACAUCCGAGGUGAAGGCGCUUCGUCACUACAUUGAAACGCGUGAGAAGCAAGGAGAGGUGGAUGCUAUCCUUCCCGAUCUGGCCCAGUUUGGCAGCUUCAUCCAAAAGAGUCUCCAUGACGUACCACUUGAGAAGCUGUUCAUUAUUGUCGAUCUUUUUCGAUGCACCCUUGUCGAUACCAGAGUUAGCGGUUACUUUGCUGAGGAGAAUUCUCGUGCAACCAUCUCUCAGGUCCUCGAGCUGGUGAAUAGUCGCGACGAUUCCCCAUAUCCUCUGCGAUUAGUUACUCUCCAGAUGGUGUGCAAUAUGUUUUCCACCCCGCUCUUCCCUCGGGAGAUUCUCAAGGGAGGAACGGUGCUAUCACAGAUCACCACUUUAGUGUCAUCAAACAUGCUGGACGGCAGCCAUCCGAAUCUCCGCGUAGCUGCUUCAUCUCUUUUGUUUAACCUGGCUUUGGAACACCGGAAAGCAAGGGAUAUCAAAUCCAAUUCUCUGCUUCCCGAAGCGGAUCAGAUCGAGUUGGGGGCAUCUGUCGUGGAGGCCAUUAGUCAAGAGAACGGAUCUGUGGAAGCUCUUCAGGGCAUGCUUUCUGCUCUCGGACAUUUAUUCUACGGUGCUGACCUAGAGGGAGAACUGGCGGGGCUGCUUCGAGCUCUUGAUGCUGAGAGCACCGUUCUAGGGAAGAAAACAACGUUUCCAAACGAGAAACUGGUCUCGGAAGUUGGCGCGGAGCUGCUCGGGAAAGGUCUCAGGAUGCCAUAG